UAAGCAAUAUGCAAGUAUGCACCGCUUUGUACUCAGCUUCUAACAAGAAUCGUGUCCGUCCCUUCCCAACACAUCUCGUAUCAUAUUGAAAAUCUGAAGCAUAUCUUUGGGGUGAGUAGAUCCUCCCCCAUCGUCAUUACGAGGGACAUCUCUACCUCGGCAACGAACAUGUGACUCGAAGUAAUGUGUGCAAAAAUGAGAUGCUUCCUCAGUCAAAAAUGCAUUAAUUGAGGUGUAACUUCAGAUGCAUACAAACGUAAUAAUCUUGGGCUCAGAGGAAAAUAGUACAUCUUCUUGAAUGGACGACUCCCAUUACCAAAUCUAGCAUGACCACAAACUUUGCAUUCGGUCCUAUUUUCAUCUUUUUUCCAAUAGAUCAUGCACCCUGUAUCUUGAGAACAGACAUAUCUAAAGCGGAGUAACUAAUGUGGCUGCACAAAGCUUCUGCUCCAGGCAUCCGUUUGUAACUCCAGUCAGUUUCCUUUCCCCUAUCUCUCUCUCAGUUUUGAGUUUUAAUUUGUUUUUGAUCGAUGAAUUUAGGGCUCUAUUUGAUAUUCUACCGAUUUUAAUUGAUGUUUAUGUGUCUCGCAUUCAGUUGAGUCUCCAUUUGAAGCUGAUUGUUGAAUUUUUCAUGUUGAAAGGUUUAAUUCUGGUGAAAAAUAUGUGCGACUUUUUAUAGGGUGAACUGUAGUUUCCAUCGUUUUAUGGUUAAACCUAAACGUAACUGAUCUUUGUAGAGCAUUGUGUUUUUAAGUCAGCUUAAUUGAACUCACUUUGAUGCUAUGGCCAUAACUAUCUGGCAAUAUAGAGUGGUUGCAAAAUCCAGAUCUGCAGUUUUCAUCUUCUUUCCCUUGAAAUCGGCUUUUGCAGCUUUCUUUCAGCAGUUUGGUGCGGUUAAGAGACUUCGGAUUGCUAGGAAUAGAAAGUUGAAAUGCCUAGAGGAGGACUUACUGGACGACUUAGAAGAGCCUCAUCCCGUGACACUCAGCUUGAGGAACUAGAGGAUCUUCCUCCUGAGCUAGAGAAUGUCUUGAGACUUUUUGACGUAGAAGAAGGGGAAGAAGAAGGGGACGAAGAAACAGUUGGAGUACAUUCACCAAUAGCACCUGAUCAACCUGAUCUCCCCGAUCGAUACGGAAGAAAAAUCAUACAUUUAAGGGAUGGAAUGCUGAUACCUUCCAAAGAUGUAGCAAAUAUCUGUCUUGACGUAUUUCAUAAGAUUGUUCUCCCAUACGCCUUCUUUCAAAAAAGUCUUAAGGAGCACCACAUUGGAGUUUAUUGGCUGGAGAUGAAACAUGCUAACGUCGAGAAUUAUGAUCAAAAUCUCGCGUUAGUUGCAUUUAAAACAAAAUGCAAAGUCAGAUAUGGUGAUUAUAUAAGUAAAAUGAGAAAGAAAAACAAGAAGCCAACCUACUUUCCCGAGGCUGUGUGGAAUGAAUAUCGUAAAGCAUGGAAUACGGCUGAUGCUAUAUGAGCAUGGGCUUCAAGCUCAUCAUUAUUAUGUUUAUGUGGGGCUAAGGGCAUGUUUGAGUACGCAAAUGGAAAUGAUGAUGGCUCUGUUUCUUGAGAAUCAAGCAGCUUCUCCAAGUUGUUCCAAACACUCCUCAUCUCAUCCUCUGCUUCCUCGAAGCUGUUGUCGUUGGUAGUGAAACUCGUCGAAAUCGAGGGGCUGUCGAGCUUCGGAAGUUCGAAGAUGUGACUCGAGCCGUCCGAUUGAAAUAGAAGGUGGUGAUCAAGAUUCUCUAUCAUAGGAAAUGAUGGAGGUGUGGAGGUAUGGCUGUGGUUGUUUGAUCUUGCACCACAAUAGCUAUUAAUUUCGAAGCCUUAUUUCUUGAAUGCUCGACAAACCACCCCAUCCUUCUUCCUGUUUCAUAUGAAUGGGAACGUAUUAAGGUUAAUAAGAGUGAAUGUGUUGGAAUAUUAGAAACACAAUUAUUUGUGUUGGAAUUUUUUUUUAAAAAAAAUGGCCAUAUUUUUUAUGUGUUUAUUGUGAAA